GUUUUAGAUCUUCCUUUUUUUCUUGCUAUUUAGAUCAACAAAACUGAUCCAAUUUAAGAAGAAGGAAAGAAAGAAGAAACCAAAACAGAAGAAUCAUGGUGAUUCCAGGUUGUAAUGAUAUUAACCCAGCCAGUUUAAAGUGUUUUCCGGCGACAUGGGCAAUCACAGCUAGACCUUGCGACUCCUGCAAAUCCACGGCGGCUCUUCUUUACUGCCGACCAGACUCUCUUUUCCUCUGCAUAACUUGCGACGCCAAACUCCACCACCACCACCACCACCAAAAACUAUCACGUCACGAACGUGUCUGGAUCUGCGAAGUAUGCGAGCAAGCGCCGGCGAGUGUCACGUGCAAGGCCGACGCCGCCGCCCUUUGCAUCACGUGCGACCGCGACAUCCAUUCAGCUAAUCCACUUGCCAGCCGUCACGAACGCCUCCCUGUUUCCCCCUUUUAUGACACCGCAGAGUCCAUUCUUCUCAAAUCAUCAUCCGACGCCAACCUCUCGUCGGAGCCCGAUCUCAUAGGAAAUACAUGGUUAACAACAAACACGACAACAAACCCAGAUGAGAAAUUGCUCGAUUUCGAUUACCCAUGGAGCUGCGACAGCGUUGUACCUGUUCAGGUUAUUCCAAUAAAAUCCGGCGAAGUUAUGAUAAACACUAAAAAAGAUAGCUACUUUGAGCUUGAUUUCUCAAACCCUAAUGGAUUAUUGACUCCGAUUCCCCCCACCAGUGUUUCGUCGGCGUGUUUGGACGCCGGAGUGGUACCGGAAGGGAACUCAAUGUGUGAUACAUUGAAUUCGAUGGGGAAAGGAAUGGAUAGAGAAGCUAGGGUUCAUAGAUACAGAGAAAAGAGGAAGAACAGACGGUACGAUAAGAUGAUAAGGUACGCAUCGCGUAAGGCGUAUGCGGAAUCGCGGCCGAGGAUAAAGGGGCGAUUUGUGAAACGCACGGCGGUGGAACAGGAGGAGGAUGAGGAAGAAGAGAUGAUGGGUUUUGGUAAUAGGUCGUCGGCGACGGCGACGGCGGGAUUGUUGGAGUUGAUGGAGGCGGGAGGAUACGGCGUCGUUCCGUCUCUGUUUUGAACUGAAUUAAUAAAUAAUAUAGCGACGGUAGUAAUAGCGACGGUAGCCGACUUUUUUUUUUUUUUUUUGUUUCUAUUUUCUUGUCAGUAACGGUAACAUUUGGUCUUAUUUUUAUUACCUGCCCUAGUUACUGUUUGUUUGUAGUAGUAUUAUUGUGUACUCUAUCUAUCCUAUAAAUAUUAGCUUUGUAAUCUUACCGGACCUAAUAAUUAAAGUUGUAUUAUAAAAUUGUCUUAUUGGUUUGCUUA